GCACAUUUGCAUGUAAUACAUGCAAAUGUAGAAAAUAAUUUGGCGCAACAACAAAUGGACAGCUUAGAGUUUAAAGUGGUCAAAGAGAUGACUUUCUGAUGUCAGAUUAUAAAGGUUAUUGUCCUUCCAGAACAUGGAGAAUUCACUGAGCCCCAUGGUUCUUUUAAUAGGUGCUUGCAUCUUCUCAUUGCAGUGGAUACUCACGCAUCAGCAAAUUGAUGUGGCCUUAGGAGGAAUAGCAGUACAAUCUUCAACAUAUUUUAACAUUUAUAAUGCAUACUUCGCUAUCGAUGGCAAUAGAGAAUCUAUAUUUAGUUACAAAUCAUGUGCUUGCACAAAUCUGCAGUAUAACCCUUGGUGGAGGGUGGACUUGUUGGCUGUGUAUGAUAUCAGCAAUGUAAUUGUCACUAACAGAGGUGACUGCUGCCCACAACGGAUUAAUGGUGCUGAGAUUCACAUUGGCAACUCUUUAGUCAACAAUGGCAACAAUAACCCCAGAUGUGUUACUAUCUCUAGCAUCCCUGCUGGUGUCUCUGCAAACUACACAUGCAAUAUGCGUGGUCGUUAUCUGAACGUGAUAAUUCCCAAUAUUAACCAGUUACUCACAAUCUGUGAAGUGGAAAUUUAUGGGGUUCCAGUGCCUGUUUUUAAAAGGGUAUUUCUGAAAGUAAAGUUUAACAGCAGUGAGGAGCUCAAUAAUCCUACCACAAAGGACAAGGUUCUUCAAAAGAUAAAAUCUGCCAAUGUCCAUUCGCCAAUAUUUCAGGUCCACUGGACAAAGGAACCAGAACUAGAAUCUGGAACUUAAAAAGGUGACAAUUUUAUGUGUAGAAGAAAGACAUGAAGAAGCACUGAACAACAAAAACUAAAUUGGAACAUCAAACAAUUACUCCUAGUCAGCUGAUUACUGUACAAAUAUCAGUUAGAAAAGUUUUCUUUGGUUUGUGUGUGGGGGGGGGUUGACUAUGAGAAAUAUAUUGUUGCUUUACUGUUGUGAGUAUUUGUCUUUUGAAAUGGCUUCUCGGUGGUGGGUUUAAUAUAGUUAAGUCUAAGUUUGAGCUUUUUUAAAUAAUACCUAGAUUUUAGGGUAGGAUUAUGCAAAUUGCAGUUCUCUGGCAGACAUUAUUGAGUAAACUUGUUCAAAAGCCUUCUCUAAAAUUUGACAUUUCUGUGCAAAUUAAAUAAAACCAAAACACUCAGAAAUAACAAUUAGAAUUGCUCAUUUAUUCAUGAAUCUUACAGUUUUCAUAAAGGUAAUACCAAGAAAACAUUUUGUAUAACAGGGUAAAACAAUUUUUAGUGAUAAAUAAUACGAAUAAUAAUAAAACAUUCAACUUCUAAUAUUGC